AUGACAACAUCAGCACAACCAAGAGAGGAAGCAAGAAAAAGAGCAAGGAGAAGCCGAGAAACCCCGAUCCCAACAGCCGUCACAGAGCUACUAACAAGACAACAGCUCACAAUCCUCCAAGACGACGACCUAUCAUCCGAUGAAAAAAUCCAUCGAGAUGAUAACACGCGAGGAGCUGGAAUUGGGACAGCGAGGAAAGACGAAUGCGCCACCAGCCCCCAAGGAUUCAAGUGCCACUACUGCGGUCAGAACCACCAAUCAAGCGAAUGCAGAAAUAUGCCACUGGAGGAAAGACGUGAUCUCAUCGACAGGCAACGUCGAUGCGUAAAAUGUUUGCGAGAUGAUUGCCGCGGGGCACCAUCACGCUGCCGAGCAAGAGGAUGUAAAGGAUGCGGUGACGGAACACACCACACAUCAUUAUUGUCAUUCCGAAAAUAA